AUGAUUCACCCCGGUGGUGGUCGCAACGACAUCCCAGAGCGCUUGAAGCGUCAGUUCUGCUGCUUCAACUGCACUCUCCCUAGUGACAACUCCAUCGAUCACAUCUUCAGCACAAUUGGUCUUGGCCACUACUGUCCAGAGCGCGGUUUCCCCGCAGAGGUGACGGAGGCAGUACGCAAGAUGGUGCCCGUCAUUCGUAGGGUCUGGCAGCAGACCAAGGUCAAAAUGCUGCCCACCCCUGCCAAGUUUCACUACAUUUUUAAUCUGCGUGAUCUUAGUCGAAUAUGGCAAGGCAUCAUCUACGGAAUAAGCGAGGUCUUUCAGUCCGAAGGACUGGUUAUGAAGGUGUGCAAACACGAGAUGACCAGAGUUAUAGCUGAUCGGUUUGUGAACUUCGACGACUUAGGGUGGUUCGAGAAGAACUUCAAUCGUACUCUGGUGGAUAUGCUGGAUGAAAGUGCGGUUGAAAAUGUUACUGACGAGGUUUACUUUGUGGACUUUAUGCGUGAUGCCCCAGAAAUCACGGGAGAAGAGGCCGAAGAUGCCGAUUUGUCAGCCCCGAAGAUUUAUGAACCGAUCUUUGACCUAGAAGUGCUGAGGGCCCGGCUUGUGAUGUAUCGUGACCAAAGGAAUGAGAAUGUGCGCGGUGCGCCGCUGGACAUUGUUUUCUUCAAGGAUGCUAUGCUCCAUUUGGUAAAAAUCUCCAGAGUGAUUCGCACACCGCGUGGUCACUGCCUCCUCGUUGGUGUCGGUGGUUCGGGCAAACGUUCUGUUACCAAGCUGGCUUCCUACAUUGCGGACUAUGACACCUUCAACAUUGUGUUGACCAGGUCAGCUUGCUUCCCUAGUCUGUCCCCCUCCUCCUCCUCCUCCUCCUCCUCUGAAACCAUG